AUGUCUCCUUCGACUUGGGACACCGAGCGCUGUUGCGUCGACCCGAGGCGUCCGCUGCUGUGGAUUGCCGGAACGAGUGCGAUAGUGAGCCUACUCUACUUGUUCCAUCUGUUCGUGGUGCCGCAGCUUGUUCGAUUCGAGUUCCGUGCAGACUUGAGCUGGUAUGACCUGGGCGCGUACGGUUUCGGGCCGUCAAGGGGCUAUGUGAGCUUCGAAUAUGAGUCGCCUCUAGUGCAGAUCUCCCAGACGGACAAUAGCACCGGAUGUGACGACCGGUAUACGUUCCUUGCGCCACGCGGCGACUCGGUCGCGCACGAGGGGCCUAUGAUCCUCGAUGCGCAAGGCGAGCUGGUAUGGAUGAAGCACAAUUGGGACACAACACACGACUUCAAAGUCCAGCGGUACCGAGGCGAGGAUUAUCUGACCUACUGGGAAGGGAGCCAGGUUGAGGGCAGAGGGUAUGGGUCGUGGUAUAUGCUCGACUCGACGUAUACUCCUCGCUACGUGAUUAACCCAGUCGGAGACUACGGCGGCGACCUGCACGAACUCCACAUCACCUCCGCCGAGACGGCUCUGGUGACGAUAUACGACCCGACUCUGGCUGAUCUCUCGUCGAUUGGCGGGCCGGAGGUGGGCUGGAUAUACGAUUGUCUCUUCCAAGAGAUCGAUAUUGCGACUGGCGACUUGAUCUUUGAAUGGCGGGCAUCUAAAUACUUUCCUGUAAACAGCUCGUAUAACGCUUUGAACGGAUCAGGCAAGAAGCGGGCUUCUGCAUUUGAUUUCUUUCAUAUUAACAGCGUGGACAAAGAUGGCGAGGGGAACUAUAUCAUUUCUGCAAGGCACCUGCACGCGGUGAUAUGUAUCUCCCGGCAUACAGGCGAGAUUCUCUGGACUCUCGGCGGGCGAACGAACGAGUUUCAGGACCUGUCCGAUGGUGAGGCGACUAGUUUCUCCUGGCAGCAUGAUGCUCGCUGGCAUGCAGAGAGCAAUACUCUGACUUUAUUCGACAACGCGGCCCAUGCAUAUUCUGAUCAGGACCUCGCGAGCCACGGGAUGGCAAUCUACCUCGAUAUUCCAAAGCGGGAGGCGACAUUGCUCGAUGCCUAUUAUCAUCCAUAUAACACCAAGUCCGUCUCCCAGGGGAACGUGCAGAUUCUAGAUGAAAGCGGCCGUGUCCUUGUUGGCUGGGGCCACAGCGCGGCAUAUAGCGAGUUCAGCGCCGACGGACAGCUACUAUGCAACGUGCAUUUCGGGGCAUCCGCGUAUUGGGGCUUUGGGCGAGUGGUUUCUUAUCGAGCAUACAAGGCCGAUUGGAUUGGGAACCCGCAGUCCCAGCCGGAUGCGACUGUGCUAGGAGAUGUGGUAUAUGUGAGCUGGAAUGGCGCAACCGAAGUCGUAACCUGGCGGCUCGAGACUUGGGAUAUCGUAUCUGGCGAGCUGAUCGACGAGCCGGAUCGCACAGGGAACGUCAUCGCAGUGCAAGAAUACGAGAAGACCGGGUUCGAGACUGAGAUAUCAGUACCUGCUGAGCUUGAUAGCCCCGUAUUUCGUCUAGCAGCAUUGGAUGUGGAGGGAAACGUCCUGGGAGUGACUGAUCCACUCCAACGCACCGGUGAGGAAUCUACCCUCGAUAACGUCAAUCACUGGAUUGUGGGAAUAGCCUCCGUAGCUUGCAUCUGCGGUCUCGUCUUCGCGCUAUCCCGAUUACGCACUCCAUGCGUCCGACGGCAGGGCCGUUGGCGACGUAGCGAAUACCAGCUUGUCCCCUUUGGUGCGCAAUGA